AUGGCCGCUCCCGCCGCUCCUGUCAAUUCUAACCAUUCGGGAGACAACCACUCCGACGAUAGCUCUCCCUAUGCAUCCGGCGGCGAGAAAGACGGCAUCACCGACGUCAAGUAUGACGAGAAUGCCGCCGAACGAAGCGGCAGCAUCGCUACGCGGAAGGCCAGCGUCGCCGCUCUGCUCCGCAACCCACUGGCCGGCAUGACUGAGAACGAGACCCUCGCCGAUGUCGAUACCUUCGUGGAACAACGCGGACUGAACCAAUAUCGUGAGACCUUCCGCAAGGGCGCAUUGCUUGCACGAGCCAACCAACGACCCGAUGGGUUCGAGCAGGUCGACGCUGUGUCUGAAGAGGAGAAAGGAUUCCUUCGCCAGGAGAUCACCAGCAGGUGGAGUCAACCGUUCAUGCUGUACUUUCUUGUUAUCCUCUGUGCUGGGUCUGCGAUUGUGCAGGGGAUGGACCAGACUGCUGUGAAUGGCGCUCAGAGCUUCUACUUUGAAGAAUUUGGCAUCACAAACGAAUGGCAACAGGGCCUUCUCAAUGGUGCACCGUACCUCUGCUCCGCUGCUAUCGGCUGCUGGACCAACGCGCCGCUCAACAAGCUCUUCGGCCGGCGAGGGACGAUCUUCAUCUCCUGCUUUGUGUCUUUCACUACGGGCUUCUGGAUGGCUGCCGCAGAUACUUGGUAUAACUUGCUUAUCGCCCGUUUCGCUCUUGGACUUGCUGUGGGAGCCAAGUCGAGCACGACUCCUGUCUAUGCUGCUGAGUGUGCCCCGAAGACCAUUCGUGGCGCGUUGACCAUGAUGUGGCAGAUGUGGACUGCGUUCGGUAUCAUGCUUGGUUUCAUGGUCUCCGUCGCCUUCCAGGACGUGACCUUCAUCGGAGGCCAAUACGCUCCCUGGCGCUGGAUGCUGGGAUCUACGGCCAUACCACCCUUCUUCGUCAUGAUUCAAGUCUACUUCUGUCCUGAGUCGCCACGAUGGUACAUGGAGAAAGGCAAAUACGACAAAGCAUUCAACGCAAUGAAGCGUCUCCGCCAGCACGAGAUACAAGCAGCCCGAGACAUGUACUAUGCGUACAAGCUUCUGGAAGUCGAAGCUGGCGAGCGUGAGGGCAAGAGCCUGUGGAAGGAAUUCUUCCUGGUCAAACGCAAUCGUCGGGCUGCUCAGUCUUCGUUCUUUGUGAUGUUCAUGCAACAGUUCUGCGGCGUGAAUGUCAUCGCCUAUUACUCCACCCAGAUCUUCAUGAACGCGGGCUUCAGCCGUAGCAACGCUCUUCUUGUGUCUUUGGGAACCGGCAUCGUCAAUUGGCUUUUUGCCAUCCCCGCCGUGUACACGAUCGACACUUUCGGCCGGCGAAACCUGCUGCUUGUGACAUUCCCACUGAUGUCGAUAUUCUUGCUCUUCGGCGGUUUCUCCUUCUUGAUCCCAAACAAGCCGAAUGGAGAUCCGUCGGAUGCACAGCUCGGGUGCAUUGCUACGGCUAUUUACUUGUUCAUGGUUGUCUACAGUCCCGGCGAAGGUCCAGUGCCAUUUACCUACAGCGCCGAAGCCUUCCCGCUCUACAUCCGCGACAUUGGCAUGUCCUUCGCAACAGCGACCACUUGGGGCUUCAACUUCAUCCUCUCGCUCACCUGGCCACCCCUCGAACGCGGCUUCACCUCCACCGGCGCCUUCGGCUGGUACGCCGCCUGGAACAUCUUUGGCUGGGUCUACUGCUACUUCCUGCUGCCCGAAACGAAGAAUCUGACGCUCGAGGAGCUGGACGUCGUUUUCAACAUCGGGAACAAAGAGCACUUCCAGUAUUACGCCCAGAAGGCGCCGUGGUACAUGGAGAAGUACGUUUUGAGGAAGGAUGUUCCGCCGAUGGAGCCGUUGUGUCAUGUAUAUGAUGAGGGUGGGCAGGCGACGGAGGAUGAGAAGGGGAUGAACCAGAGUGUGUGA